AUGGUCAGCAACCAAGACAAUGUUCCUAAUGCGACCCAUGUCGACUAUUUGGUCAAUCAGUCCAAGUCGCCGGUGCAAGGCAACAAUAAUAACAGCAGCCCCAGCCCUCCUAUGGCAGUACUACCACUCAACUCGAGCGCCAAGUUGGAUCAGGAACCUAAUCCAUUUGAGCAAAGUUUCUCGACUGUCGCUGUAUCCGAUCGACCAGACAGAAGAAACGGGAGCAUAAGCACAGCAACUAGUAGUAGUGGCAGCAGCAAUGGUGGUGGUGGUAGCAUUCAUAGUCACACUGGCAGUAACCAUCAACAUAACCAACAACACCAACUUCAUAAUAAUAAUAAUAAUCAGCAGCAGCAGCAGCAAAAGACAAUAUUGCCACCUGUGGCAGCUAUCACUAGCCCAGUCCCGCCUUUGUUGCGCAGUGGUGUAUUGCCCAAAGAUGUUGCCAAUCAAAUUGCGUGGAACUCGCUUCGUGCUGGUCCGUUAUCACCGUCCAUGCUACAGGGUCCUCAGAGACCGCCCGGGAUUGGCGAUGGAGUCAUUCCACCUAAUAGUAAUAGUAAUAGCAGCACUGCUACCACACACAGCACGGCUGCUACUGGUACCACUUCCAUAUCGGCAUCGUCACCCUUACAACAGCAACAAAGACCCAUGAGUCACAUAUAUGCUCCUGAUCCCGCACUUUCAUUUGCCAUGGCUGGUCCGGCGGUGGAUGAAACUCCUGCGUCCAAUGACUAUGUGAACGCACGGUCCGGGUCCAUGAGUAGCUCCGCUAGUGGUCCAAGCAUUUCAUCCGCGACGGGUGGUCCAAGUGGUGGUGGUGGUGGCACCUAUCGAACAUUCAGACAAGACCACCACCAUCAACAGCGACAACAACGGUCACGUCGAUCUUCUGCGGAAGCUAACCUCACGACAGCCACUACCGCUACCACUGUGACCUCAUACGAUACUAAUAACGACGAAGACGAUGACAACAUCGAUCCUUUCAAUGAUGAUGAUAGCAGUAAUAAUACCAGAACUAAAAAACGAACACGUAUAUCCAAUGACAAGGACGAGGAUGACGAGAAACGCAAAAAUUUCCUUGAACGGAAUCGGAUUGCUGCGCUGAAAUGUCGACAACGUAAAAAGCAGUGGCUCAAUAAUUUGCAGGCAAAGGUUGAGUACUUGACAAACGACAAUGAACAACUGCAGAUCCAGACCAACGCUCUAAGGGAGGAAAUCGUCAGCUUGAAAACGCUGCUUUUGGCGCAUAAGGACUGUCCUGUCGCCCAGCAACAGCAGCACGAUGUGUUUACCGGCUUACAGCAGCAGCAGCAGCAGCAAAACAAGAAUACCAUGGCAACAACAGCUGCUAGCAAUAACAAUAACACCACUACUUUCAUGCAUGCUCAUUCUCAUCAUUCUCAGCAACCUCUUCCAGCCCACCAUCAUCGUCAUCAUCAUCAGCAGCACCAUCCUUCGUCAACGGCAGAAGCACCAUCAGCCCACCAUCAUGCCCGGUUCUCAUCACCAUCGUCGUCGUCGUCGUCGUCGCCGUCCAUUCCAAAUACCAACAAUAGCGCCAACAGUAUGCAGCAAAACAUGAUGACAUUCUCAAGCCAUCCCCAGGCCCAGACUAUGGUGGCAGGGACAUCAAGUGUAUUGCGCUUUUAA